AUGAUAUCUAACCAGACAGUUUCCUGUGUUUUAGCCAAAACCAUAAUUGUGGUCCUGGCCUUCCUGGCUGCAAAGCCAGGCAACAGGAUGAGGAAAUGGCUAGGUCAAAAAGGGGCCAAUGCCAUUGUUCUUUCCUGCUCCCUCAUUCAAGUGGGCAUUUGUGUGGCAUGGCUGUCCACCUCUCCUCCAUUCCCGGAUGCUGACAUGCACUCACAGAUUGGGCAGAUCACCCUAGAAUGUAAUGAAGGCUCUGUCACCAUGUUCUACUGUGUACUGAGCUACAUGGGCUUUCUGGCCCUCAUCAGCUUCACUGUAGCUUUCUUAGCCAGAAAACUGCCUGACACCUUCAAUGAAGCCAAGUUCAUCACCUUCAGCAUGUUGGUCUUCUGCAGUGUUUGGAUCUCCUUCAUUCCCAGUUACCUGAGCACCAAGGGGGAAAACAUUGUGGCUGUGGAGGUGUUUGCUAUCUUGGCAUCCAACACUGGCCUACUGACUUGCAUCUUUCUCCCCAAAUGUUAUAUUAUUAUUCUAAGAGCUGACUUAAACACUAAGAAACUGCUAAAGGAAAAAAAGAGUUCACUCUGA